CCCAAUUUGACUGUUGCUUGAGACAGCGGUAAUAUCACGUUAGUGAUGACUCAGAAUGAAGCUGAGUCAUUUCCAUCAUGGGCAUCCUUCGAUUCUACUCAACUUAGGAUCAAAUUUACAAAUCCUCAAAAUGAUGGUAUGAAUUAUUCAGUAGCAAUUCAGACACUGGCACCUGGCUGGGACUCACCCAGAGCUAAAUUAGUUAUUUUCCAAGUAUUUAAAUGCACAGUGAGUAACUGCAAAAAAUGUCUUAGUACCAAUUACAACACUUGUGAGCAAUGUGAAUCAAGCUACGAAGGUGCCCAGUGAACUAAAAUAGAUUUAUCAUCAGCUGAAGCUGCAUCACUGGCAAGCCUUGCAAUACAGGUAGCUUCCGCUGCAGUAGUGGUGAUUCCAUCAGCUGUUUCCAUGCAGUCACCAUUCUUGGUAUGGAUUUUGCUGAAUCAGUCACAAUUACUUCUAUUACUACUGCUGACAAAUGCUUACAUCCCUGAUGAAAUAGUGGCAUACCUAACUGCAUCAAACUUUGCAAUGUUUAACUUAGACUUUCUCACAUUUGAGAAAGACUCUUUCCUUGAAGUCAUCACUAACUGGGUUCAGAUGGAUCAGCCAAACGAAGAUGCUAAAACAAUGGGCUAUGAAUCAGGAAGCGCAUUUACUAAUAACAUUGGGCUCAUUUUGAUAGUUGUCCCAGUUACGAUUCUACAUCUCUUAUCAUACUGUAUAUCAUGCAUUUUCUUGAGAAAGGAGGAAACGAGUCAAGGAUGAUUUAUAAAAUUGCUAAAAUGGUUCUGAGAAUUAAUGAGAUACAACAUUUAUAUCCGAAUCAUUAUAGAAGCUUAUUCCUCUAUGAUAAUAACCUCAUCUUUGGAGAUCUCUUAUUUUGACAUUUCUCGGACUGAGACUAAAGUUUCCUUAUUAAUUGCUAUUAUUUUUCUCUGAGCAUGUAUAGCAUUCGGAGUUUUCUGAAUCAUUCACUUUUGGUCUCUAAAAUCUCAGCACCUAAAGAAAAUCGUGAAGGUGAAAGAGCUAUACCAAGGAAUGAAGAAGAAUAAGCAAAGCAUGAGUUAUCCCACAGCUUGGGUGUGGAGGAGACUUCUCAUUACAAAAGAUUUUUCAUCAUGAAAAGAUUUUGACUGGAUCUUAAUAGCUUCAACUAUUUCAAUUUCUGCUCUUUUCAGUAUCCUGAUGCUUACUCAGCUAAAAUUUAUGAGUUCUUUUUUCCUGCUCUUGAUCAUGCUUCUGGUCCAAGUGUUGUAUAUUGUAUAUUUAGUUUAUCUGAGGCCUUAUGAUCAGCAAAGAGCGAAUCUCGUUGAAAUCACAAAUGAGUUGUACUUCUUAGCACUUUGUGGAGUAUUCUUAGUCAUGGAUGAAAAAGAGUGGUCUGACAGAGCAAUUAACUUCCUCCUGUUUAUACUUCCUUCUAAUAACUUAGUGACCUGAUUUAUUAUAUUAGGAGGAUCUAUCAAUGACAUUUUGAAAUUUUGUCGCCACAAACAGGAAAUUCAAAUCAGACCAAAAAGGAUCCAAAACAUGCCCCAAUCAAAUUUUAACAAAGAAACCCAUGAUCCAAUGAGGAAGAAGAGAAAGCAUCAGCUGCAUAUCUGUAAUCCCAAUCUGGUCUUUCCAAAACGUAACCCAACUCGUAUAAAUUUCAUCAGGCAUGUAGAAGAGAAUGACUCUAUGUAA